CCUGUUCCCACUGCUGUUUGUUUCCGUACGGAACGAUUUCUGGCAGGACUCGCAGGGACGAAAGCGCUCCACUAUUUUUGUUAUGCAACAAUGUCAGGACUGUCAGAAACAGAGCGUGCUGGGUUUACAAAGAUACUGAGCUUAAUAACAACAAGCGACCUAUUGUCACUCAGUGAUACGGUAACAAAUAAGGUGAUAGUCGUGGAAAACGUUACGGAGGCUCAACAAACAAUCCUUUCCUUCACUAAAAAUGCCGAGGAGCUCCUGAGAAGAAAGAAGGUUCACCGUGACCUUAUAUUCAAGUACCUGGCCACCGAAGGUGUGGCGAUGCCGCCGAACAGCGAGAAACACACGCUGGUAAAGAGGACGCUGGAGCUGUGGUCAUCUGUACAGGCGGUGGAAGACGAAAACCCUCAAGGAGAUGCGGAUUCUGAUUCCUCAGAUGUGAAGUGUGGGAUGGGCUUUGACCCGCUGGUCCUCGGCCAGCAGUUCUGUCAGUGGUUCUUCCAGCUGUUGAACAGCCAAAACCUCUCACUUGGCCAACAGCCUCAAGAUUGGGGACCGCAACAUUUUUGGCCAGAUGUCACGUUACGCCUCCUCUCCAAAGCUGGCAGUGAACAGAUGGAGGAGUUUCUGGGUGCUGAGCUGGUUAGUCUUCGUCUCUUGGCCCUGACGAGGGAAGAGCGCCUCCUCUUCAGUCCCAAUCUGGAGCCCCACGGCCUCAAAGCCUUGACCUCUCCCCAUGGUUUGGUUUUGGUGGCUGUGGCUGGGACUAUCCACAGAGACGCAGCCUGCCUGGGGAUCUUUGAACAAAUAUUUGGCCUUAUCCGCUCCCCUCUGCAGAACAACAGCUGGAAGAUAAAGUUUGUCAACCUGAAAGUCAGAGGGCAGGAUGCUCUUGGCGGGACAGAUGUGGCAGCGCCUGCUUUGACCUACAAUUCCAGUGAACUGCAGCUUCUGUGUAGCCGAUGACAGUCAAGAUACAGUUUUUUUUCCUUUUACAUUUUUUUUAUCCAAAGGUGGUUUGAGUGAGCAUGCUUAACACAUUAAAUUAUAUUUCUGGGCAUUUGGGGCCACAAAUUGGAUCUAGUAACUUUUCUAACUUAUGUUAGCAGUCAUGUGAAAAUGUAAAGGUAGGUGCAAACUGUUGCAUUUUAAUUUCAUUUAAACUGUGGUGCUGCUUUAAAUAUACUGUACCUUGUUGCAAAGCAUGUAGUGCUUUGGCAGUCUGUGCCUUAUGUAAAAUGUACAUAUGUAGAAAACCCAAUUAGAAGGCAUGCUGGUAAUACUUUUACACUUGUGCUGUAAUGAGAAUUACAGUACCGCUCAAAAACUCAUUUAGAAUUUUUUCAUUUUAUCUCAACUGUAAAAAUAAAAAUAAAUAUUGUAAAUGACAGUGAUUUUUAAUUGAAUAUCUUCAUACAGAGCAGCCCAUGCUACGCAGACAAAAUAAAAUACUUCAUGUAACCGAGUGUACUACUUCCCUCACAGAACACAACAAACUGGCACAACAGUUUUUAAACUUGGGUUACGCGACACUGUGCCAGCAGAUGGCUGCAGAAAACGGGCACCUUUAUGCCUAUGCAGAUAUUUUAUUAAAGUCAUUCAUGAUUCCCUUAAUCAGUGUCAUUUACAACAUUUCUGAAUAAUUGACAGUUAUUUUAAAAUGAUGAAUGUGUUUUGUUUAAAAAAGGAGUUGAGUGACAUAAGUGGCAAACCUUUGAGAUGUAACAUAGGCCGUUACCUGCAAAGAAAUACCAUCUGUCUUUAUGUGACACUACAAAGUCGAGUGAUGUGCUUUCGUGGGAUGAGUUAAAGUUCGCCCGUAAUGUUUACAGUUAAAUCCGAUUAGCAGCCUGUCAGAAAUGCCAACAAAGUAACUUAAUUCAUGCAAAGGUCUGAGGCGAGUAUGUCUAAUAUUUAGACAGAUGUGUAUCUAAAAAUGUUCUUACUGGCACCACAGCUUUAAGCCAGUUUGUUAUUGUUCAUUGCCAGGUGUUGAGUUGUUUAAUUAAAUGGCUGGGAGUCAGAGAUAGGAAAGCACUGCUGUAAAACUGACUCUCCUUAAUGAGCUGAAUUACAAGUCUAAUUUGUGCGUUUUAAUUUUGUU